AACCAUCAAACUCAAAGUCCCUUUCGGCACACAUUUCACCUGUCUCUAUUUCUUACACCAACCUAUCAUGCGUAACCAUAUAUAAAUUUUUUUUAAAAAAAAAAAUCUAAUUUUGUCAACUUGAAAAGAAUGUCCACUAGUGCACACACCCUCCAACAGACUUCUAACACAUGACAAUAAUUGCAAAAGCAACCCUAAAAAACAUAAAACUAUCAAUUUGCAAAUAAUAAAAAAAAAAAUAUACAGACAUACUAACCUGUCAGCUGUCAGGCAAACCCAGCCACAUCCUUACUCGGUCAUCGUUCCGUGUUCAACCUUACACGCUUUCCCUGAAAAUCAAAAUAAACAAAUAAAUAAAUAGUCGAAAUUCCAACCAAUCUCAUUCAAAGAUCAACUGCUCAUCCCGUCCAACCACUAAUAUCCACCGUCAAUCCAUCUCAAGAUCCGUGCCAAAUCCUAAACCCAAGACAACCAGCUAGCCGUUAAGACCUAACCACUUAUUUCCCACCCAUCUCCAGCCCACCACACUAGUUCUUUUUAUACAUCAAACCCCAAUCUUUUCCUCACCGGAACACCAUACUUUAACACCAUGGUUCAUCACCACCACCGCGCGGCGCAGCCGCACCAGCACAAGCUCGUCGACCACCAUCUCUCGACCACAUGCUCGGACUGCCUCGGCGCAGCCUCGGCCAAACGGUCCAUCUCCAAACACACACUUCUCCUCCGCUUCAUCGGUAUUUUCUCCAUCAUCUCAUCUGCACUCGUCUUCGCCCCGCGCUUCUUCUCCCCUGACUCUUUUGAGGCAAAUCCACAAACACCUUCCAUGCACCCACCUUGUUCCUCCCUCUCCAACCACUCUCUCUGCUGCGACCGCACAGCCUUCCGCACCGAUGUCUGCUUCAUGCGCGGCGAUGUCCGCAUGCACUCGUCCUCCAACUCGUUUCUCCUUCAUCUCCCUCGUAACUCCACGACGGAGGAGCAGGAGGAGUUAAUCCGGCCUUAUACUCGCAAGUGGGAAGCUAACACCAUGGCCACCAUCGACGAGCUCCAUCUGAAGACUAUCAAUGGCAGCGUCCAAGCUUGCGAUGUUGUGCACGAUGUCCCCGCCGUUGUCUUCUCCACCGGAGGUUACACCGGCAACGUUUACCAUGAAUUCAACGAUGGUAUACUUCCGCUUUAUAUCACUGCUGGGCAUUUCAACAAACAGGUGGUGUUCGUCAUUCUCGAGUACCACGAUUGGUGGAUAACGAAGUACGGUGACAUCCUCUCCCAACUCUCCGACCAUCCUCCGAUCGACUUCACCAACGAUCGGAGAACUCAUUGCUUCCCGGAGGCCAUCGUCGGUUUGAAAAUCCACGACGAGCUCACCAUCGAUCCGGCCAAGAUGGAUAAAAAUCACACAAUCCGUGAUUUCCGGAACCUUCUCGACGAUUCCUACAAGCCAAGGAUCAGAUACAUCGAGCGAGAAGAAGAAGAAGAAAAAGAGGGAUCGAGAUCGAGAUCGAAACCAGCUCCGGCGAAGAGAGAUCGGAGGCCAAAGAUGGUGAUAGUGGCGAGGAACGGAUCGAGAAUGAUCGAGAACGAGGAGGAGGUAGUGAAGGCGGCGGAGGAGGUGGGGUUUGCCGUGCAAGUGCUGAGGCCGGAGAGGACGACGGAGUUGGCGAAGAUCUACAGGGCGUUGAACUCGAGCGAUGCGAUGAUCGGAGUGCACGGGGCGGCGAUGACGCACUUGUUAUUCAUGAGACCAGGGAAGGUGUUCAUCCAGGUGGUGCCAUUGGGGACGGAUUGGGCGGCGGAGAGCUACUACGGAUCGCCAGCGAAGAGGAUGGGGUUGAAGUACAUGGAGUACAAGAUCGAAGGGAAGGAGAGCUCGCUGUGGAGGGAGUAUGGGGAGGAGGAUGCGGUGGUGAGAGAUCCGGAGAGCGUGAAUGCGAGAGGAUGGGAAGUGACAAAGAAGGUGUAUCUUGAUGGGCAGAAUGUGAGGGUGGAUUGUGAGAGAUUUAGGAAGUAUUUGGUUAGGGCUUAUGGGACUUUGGUGAAGAAGAUGAAGAUGAAGAAGAUGAAGAAUGGGAGGAAGUUGGGGGUGAAUUAGAUUUAAAUUUUAUGAUGUAAAUAAUACCACAACAACAAAA